AGCCCGCCGUGCGUGAGGGUCUCUCAGUUUGACCUCAGGGCUUUGGAGAUUCUCUGGCUGACUGUGUCACUCAACCACCCCACACCCCACCCCCCCACGCCCCCACCCCCCAUCUUGGUGGGUCGCCCUCACUCGGUCUGUCUCGUUGCAGUCCCAGGGAAGAUUCAGAAGGGUCCGGAUAGCGUGAAAGUGAAGGUGGGGCAGACGGUGAAGCUGGUUGCUCACAUCAGCGGUGAGCCUGAGCCUGACGUUGGAUGGGCCAAGGAUGGUGAGGACGUGGAAGAGGAUGACAGAUUGUUUUAUGAUAUUGAUGAAGACACCACCACACUGACUAUCAAAAAUGUCACAAAAGCAGAUGCUGGGAAGUACGAAGUCUUCGUAGAGAACAGUCUGGGAAUGGACCAGUCGUUUGCCAGAGUUGAUGUCAUCUGA